GACGUCAGGACACAAAUUAAAGCUGGAGCUGCCAAAGAAAAGGGAGAACGGUUUCCCGGCAGCAGAGUGAGAACCACGGCAUUUCUCUAUAUUUACAGCUUCGAUCGCCCGGCAAAUUUUGCGAAGCCCCAGUUAUCCGAAUCCCAUCACAUCUGCCUUCUUCUUUCCUCCUGCCACAAACAAUGGCUACCAAAGGAAAGACCAUCCGGUGCAAAGGGGCCGUCUGCUGGAAGCAAGGGGAGCCGCUGGUGAUAGAGGAGGUGGACGUAGCACCCCCUCAACCAUCGGAGGUCAGAAUCAAGAUCAUCUGUGCCUCCCUCUGCCACACCGACGUCACCUUCUGGACUCUCCCUGAACCACAUGGAAUCUUCCCCAGAAUUCUCGGUCACGAGGCUGCUGGGAUUGUGGAGAGUGUGGGGAAAGGGGUGAUGGAAUUCAAAGAAGGAGACAUGGUGGUGCCUUUCCACAUGCCCGACUGCGAGGAGUGUGCGGAUUGCAAGUCGGAGAAGAGCAACCUGUGUAGCACGCUCCCCUUCUCGCAUUGGCAGACGGGGAUGCCCAGAGACGGCAUCAGCCGGCUGUCCACCGCCGCCGGCGAGCGGCUUCAUCACUUCUUCCAUAUUUCAAGCUUCGUAGAAUACACCGUCGUGGACGUCACUAAUCUUGUGAAGGUCGACCCCGCGGACAUCCCUCCCGAGAAGGCUUGCCUGCUCAGCUGCGGGGUUUCCUCUGGAUUAGGAGCGGCUUGGAGAGUUGCAGGGGUGGAGAAGGGAUCCAAAGUUGCAGUUUUCGGCCUUGGAUCCAUUGGCUUGGCUGUUGCGGAAGGAGCUCGACUCAGAGGCGCAGCACAAAUAAUUGGUGUGGAUGUCAACCCGGACAAGCUUGAGAUCGGAAAAAAAUUUGGAGUUACGGAUUUCAUCAAUCCAAAAGAGUGCGGCGAAAAGUCCGUGAGCCAGGUGGUGACGGAGUUGACGGGAGGGGGUGCAGACUAUUGCUUCGAGUGUGUGGGCGUUGCCUCCCUCAUGUCCGAUGCCUUCAAAAGUUGUCGUCCGGGUUGGGGGAAGACUGUGAUUUUGGGGGUGGAGACGAGCGGUGCGCCAUUCUGCCUUGGCUCGAAUGAGGUGCUGCGGGGUCGGACGGUAGUCGGCGCCAUGCUCGGCGGCGCCAAGCCCAAGAUUGACAUUCCAAAUUUUGUAGGGCUGUAUAAGCGCAAGGAACUCAGAUUGGACGAAUUCAUCACACAUGAAGUGAGCCUCGACGAGAUCAACCGAGCUUUUGAGCUGAUGAUGAAAGGCAAGAGUCUGAGAUGCAUAAUUUGGAUGGACAAACCAACGAACUGAAUCAAUUUGUUGGGUUUGCUCCCAAAACGAGCGACACGGUCGUUAUACUAAAGAAGAAGACCAAAAGAUGACUGAGAUAUUGUAAGAGACAACUAAGCUCCAUUUGGUGUUGUAUUAGAUUUGCUAUUUGAUAGGAAGGGUGAGUCUGUUUGCAUGGUGACCAACGUUUUCCUUUUUGCAAUCCUAAUUCACAAGCCUAUGCGCCGCAAUACUUGAAGUUGAUUGUUCAAAUUCAACGGGCAUAGAUUUGAUCCA